GCCCCGCGGGCGAAUUCUCGGACAAGCCCUUCAGCACGGCCUGCGAAGCGUGCGCGCCGGGCCGUCGACAGCCCGCGGCCGGGCAAAUGCAGUGCGAGCGCUGCCCGGCGUCGACGUAUCAGCCGCAGAGCGGCCAGCUUGGCUGCGACCGCUGCUCGUCCUUCCAGCUCGGGCGCACGUCCCGUCAGGGCUCGACGACCUGCGACUUCUGCGAAGAGGGCCUCUACCUCGCGGACGACGACACCGCGGUCGACGGCUCGAGGUGCGUCUCCUGCCCCGAUCACGCGACCUGCGCCGAGGGAACCACCAUCGAAACGAUCGCGGUGCACGACGGCUGCUGGCGGACGACGCCCGGCUCGUCGAAGGUCAGGAAGUGCUUCCGCGAGGACGCCUGCGUCGGCGGAGCGGGAAACGCUUCGCGAUGCGCGGACGGCUACUACAAGACGCUAUGCGCAGCCUGCGAGCGCGAUUUUUACCGCGACAUGUCCACUGGCCAGUGCCACGCCUGCGACGCCGCGGCAGCAAGGAGGUUCCGCCACUUUUUCGGAUUUCACGUGUUGCUCCUCGUCCUCUUCCUCACGUCGCCGUUCCUGGUGAUGCACGCGGUACGCAAGGCAGUCCGCAGAGCCGCCUCGAGGCAGCUGCCAGCGGCUUCGUCGCCGAAGAGCCCGAGCAAAGUCAGCAAGAUCGCUCCGCUCUACACGGACCUGGACGACGUCGCCGCGGCCGAGCCCGAUCCCGAGCCCGAGCCGGCGCCGGGCGAGUACGAUAGCGACGACCACACGACGAUGACCCUGCCCCCCGACGGCGCUGUCACCGACGCCUUCGAGCACGAGGCGCCCGGCGGGGGCGCGUUCUGCGAGCACGCGACGAUGACCCUGCCCCCCGACGGCGCCGUCACCGGCGCCUUCGAGCACGAGGCGCCCGGCGGGGGCGCGUUCCACGAGCACGCGACGAUGACCGCGCCCCCUGACGGCGCCGUCGCCGGCGCCUUCGAGCACGAGGCGCCCGGCGAGUACGAUAGCGACGACCACACGACGAUGACCCUGCCCCCCGACGGCGCUGUCACCGGCGCCUUCGAGCACGAGGCGCCCGGCGGGGGCGCGUUCUGCGAGCACGCGACGAUGACCGCGCCCCCCGACGGCGCCGUCACCGGCGCCUUCGAGCACGAGGCGCCCGGCGAGUACGAUAGCGACGAUCACACGACGAUGACCCUUCCGCCCGACGGCGCCGUCACCGGCGCCUUCGAGCACGAGGCGCCCGGCGGGGGCGCGUUCUACGACGACGACGGCGACGGCGCGGCGGCCGAGGCGCCCCUUCCGGGGACCGAGCGCGCGACGACGCCUCGGGAUGUCCACGCGCCCCAAGCCGAACCCACGUUGGCGGAGCUGAAUCGCCGCGUCGGCCCCUACGACUCGGAGGAGGAGCCGCCGCCCGUGGGACCGCCGAAGACGCCGCGGGCGAGGCCCGCCGUCGCCUGCGUGCGAUCCGUCCCGGAGAGCGUCGGCGACGAGGCCAUCGUCGAGGCCGCGUCCGUCGCGACGGGGUCGACCUUCCAGCAGAUCCGCCGCACGAAGCGCGACGCCUUCGUCUAUCUCGUCGUCGCGGGCGACGACCUCGCGGACGCGUUCCGCAUCGGCGACGCGACGUACGCGGUCACCUGGAGCCUCGAGGGCGAGGCGAGCUCCGCGGCGGACCGCGCGGACCGCAUCCUGGAGCCGGUGCGAGAGAGUCUCGAGGCGUCUAUCGCCGACGCGCUCGAGAAGUCGUGGGGCAUGGACCGCUUCUUCGAGCGGUUCGUCGCCGCCCUCGAGCUCAAGCUCGCCGACGUGCCGGACUUGGCCGAUCUGCGGCUGGUCUUCGAGAUCCUCGACGGCAUGCCGACGCUCGCGUCUCUGAGGCUCGAUCUCGUCCUCGACGCCGUUCGUUCCGCGUUCCCGAGCCUCGAGCCGCCGCAGCUCGACGGGCUCCUCGAGGUCCUCCGCGAGGUCCUGCCGAAUCUCCCGGAGAUCGUCGACCUCGACGCGCUCCUCGCCGCCGUCCGCGCGGCUUUCCCGUCUCUGAAGCCGCCGCGCUUGCUGGACCUGCUCACCAUCCUCGACGUCAAAUACCCCUCGUUUGAGCGCUUCGACUCCGACGCCAUCGUCUCUGCCAUCGAGGAGGCGAUCAUGGCCAAAGUCAAGAUCCUCGUCGUUUUCCUCCAGACGAUGUCGUACCUCCCAGACAUCUACUAUCACGUGUACUGGCCCGAUCAGCUGACGCGAGUCCUUAGCCUGUUCAAUCCGCUGAACCUCGACCUCUUCUCGUUGAUCCACCUGGAAUGUAUGGUCAAGAAGCUUUCGUUUUACGACCGGCUGUUGGCCGUGACGAUCGGACCAGUCCUCGCGUCGGCGGCUCUCGGAACCGUCGCCGUGGUUUCGAAGACCAGGUCUGCCAAGUGCAUAGACCUCUUCCUCAAACUUUGUUUCUUCGUCUUCAGCUCCACGUCGACGUCGAUAUUCCAGGCGUUCGCCUGCGACGACUCCUUCGACGACGGGCGCAGCUUGCUCGCGUGCGACUACUCGAUUUCCUGCAAGACGUCCAAAUUUAGGGCCUUCAGUGCCUACGCGAUCAUGUGCGUCUUCGUCUACCCCAUCGGUAUCGUGGCUCUGUUCACGACGCUGGUGGUCGCGCGCCGCCGCGCGAUCGACCCCCCGCUCGGCGACGACGGCGCGCGGCGCGUCCGCCUCGAAGAGACAGAGACCGUCGAGCGGUGCGGCCGCGCGUCCCUCGCGGAGCAGAGCAAGAACGCGCAGCGCCGCGCGGGCGACGACUCCACGCUGAAGAGCAUCGGCUUCCUCUGGAUGCACUACCUGCCGAUGUUCUGGUGGUUCGAAAUAACGGAGAGCGUCCGCCGCCUCCUCGUCACGGCCGUCGCGGUGACCGUCCAGCCCGGCUCCUCGACGCAGCUCGCCUACGGCCUCUUGACCGCGGUCCUAUCGCUCGCGCUCUAUUCGAUCGCUCGGCCCUUUUCGAACCACCUCGACAACGCUCUCGCGAUCGUCGCUUCCAUGGUGCUCGUGCUCGCCACGUUUUCCGGCCUCUUGAUCUCGGCCGAGGUGACCAAGGACGAGAGCUGGUCCGUGGUCGGAGUCGGCGCGGUCCUCGCGGGCCUCACGGUCGCGGUUGUCGUCCUGAGCGUCGCCCUGGUGCUCCUUCAGGCCAAGGCUUUACUCCAGAAGCUCGUCGCCACGAAGGAGCGCUACUGCGCGCCGUCCUGA